GCUCUGGGGUGGGUCUGGCUCAGCUCCGGGAGAAAGCCCUGCCUGGAAAGGCUGCAGUUUAGGCUGUCACUCUUUCUUCAUUCUGCCCAGCCUCUGAUCACAUCUUCUGUCACUCAGGGGCAGAGAAGGCGGGGUCUUAAGCGUUAAUCCAAUCAGAGACUUUUGGCUGGGAACCGUCCAAUCAUGCACACAGCUGGAGCGGAGGGGGCUGCUUUCGGGAUAUGGCGGGGCCUUUGUCUUUCCCUGUAGCCUCAGCUCCUGGUCUCGUCUUCACUUUGUGUCCUGUUCUCCUAGUCGCCUACCUUGUGUGGCCCUGUGACCUGCAGGUAUUGGAGAUCCACAGCUAAGACGCCAGGAUCCCCUGGAAGCCUAGAAAUGGAACCAUUGACAUUUAGGGAUGUGGCCAUAGAAUUCUCUCUGGAGGAGUGGCAAUGCCUGAACCCUGCUCAGCAGGAUUUGUUUAGAAAUGUGAUGUUAGAGAACUACAGAAGCCUGGUCUUCCUGGGUAUUGCUGCCUCUAAGCCAGACCUGAUCACCUGUCUAGAGAAAGCAAAAGAGCCCUGGAAGAUGAAGCAACAUGAGAUGGUGGAUGAACCCCCAGGCAGACAAGCAACCUCAUCAAGCAGCUCCCUGACACCACAGCCAGGUAAAUCCACAAAGAUGGGAAAAAACGAGCACAAAAAAAAUGAAACCAUCAAAGACCAGAACACCUCUUCUCCUUCAAGGCAACACAACUUCUCAACACAGGAUCACAACGUGACCAAGGAGUGCAACGAAUUGACAGAUGCAGGCUUCAGAAGGUGGCUAAUAUCAAACAUUUUGGAGCUAAAGGAACAUGUUCUAACUCAAUGCAAAGUAACCAAAAACCUUGGAAAAAAGUUAGACAAAAUGCUAAUUGGAAUAACCAGAAUCGAGAAGAACGUAAACGACUUGAUGGAGUUGAAAAACACAGUCCAGAAGAUGGCGCUGUGAGAACAACCCAGGAUUGGAGCUCUCCUUGAAUCCGCGGAGAGGGACAUGGAUGAAGCUGGAGAACAUCAUCCUCAGCAAACUGACACAAGAACAGAAAAUGAAACACCGCAUAUUCUCACUCAUAGGCGGGUGAUGAAAAAUGAGAACACAUGGACACAGAAAGGGGAGUACUAAACACUGGGGUCUAUUGGGGG